CCUUCACACUUGUCCCUCAUCGUUUCCUCCUUCCAUUUAUUCACCCGCGCCAAAAAUUCAAUGAAGACAAUAGUCAUGGAGAGAGAACAAGAAGAGAUGCAAUUUCUUGGGGUCUUUGGCAUAUACAAAGAAGCCUACAAGAUUAUCUUCUCAUGGAGAAAGAUCUUCAGUCAGAUAGCUCUUGCCUUGAUUCUUCCCCUAUCGUUCAUCUCCCUAGCUCACAUCGAGGUAUCCAAUGUUCUCUCCGGAAAGAUUAUCAAUAACCAAGUAGAGUUACUUGGGACAGAAGCUGGCACGAAGAGAUACAAUAAACUAUCCGAUCAUGUCUCCUCGGAAUUAGCCUAUUUUUGGCUCUUCGAAGCUGCAUAUCUCAUCCUUAGUCUCAUUUUCUCUCUUCUUUCAUCCGCGGCUGUUGUUUACACCAUAGCUAGUAUCUAUACUAACCGAGAAGUGAGUUUCAAGAAGGUUAUGAGUGUUGUCCCCAAGGUUUGGAAGAGGCUGAUGGUCACCUUUCUGUCUGUCUCUGUAGCUUUUUUCGCAUACACUGUAGUUGCCAUCCUGGUUUCUUCGUUAGUGUUGAUCAUUGCAUGGUUUGUUUUUACCGGAUUUCACUAUCUCAAAGUCUUCUAUUCGUUUGGGAUCGUUCUGUUGGUUCUGUACUUCAUGGGGUUUGUGUAUAUGAUCAUCGUUUGGCAAUUGGCUAGCUCCGUGUCUGUGUUGGAGGAGGCUUGUGGGUUUAAAGCCAUGACCAAGAGCAGGGCCCUGAUCAAAGGUAAGAUGUGGACUGCUAUAAUUAUAUUUUUCGAGCUGAAUUUAUUUUCUGCAGUGAUACUCAUGGCAUUCCAGAAUCUAGUUGUUCAUGGGGUGUCGAUGAACAUGGCGACAAGAGUAUUAUAUGGGGUAAUUUGCUUAUCGUUGUUUCUUGGUUUGCUUUUGUUUGGACUUGUUACCCAAACAGUGAUCUAUUUUGUUUGCAAAUCGAACCACCAUGAAAAUAUUGAAAAGUCAGCGCUGUCGGAUCACCUUGAUGUUUACCAUGGAGAGCAUGUGCCAUUGAAUUCCAAGGAUGUCCAGUUAGAGGAAUCUUAUGUUUGAAUUUGUACGAGGUAGAGUAAUAAUACUUUGAUAUUGUAUCAAAAUAUGGCAUGAUUUUCAUAAAUCAGCGUUAUCUGUAAUUCUAAUUUGUUGAUUCAGUAUCAUCUGUAAUUCUAAAAAAUUACUACUUUUCUUCU